CGAAAAGCCAAAAAUAAAACUCUUAUUCCUUCAAUCUUCCCUCCUCCAGCAAAUUUCGGGUUUUUAAGAUCAAUUACUCCUACUGCAUAAUCUCUUUCCUUUUUUUCUCCGUAUUUACCUUAUAUGACACUCAUAUAUCCAUAUAUGUCAUAUAAAUUGCUAAAGAUGUUUGGUUUAGAGCAAGGCAAAAUCAACAGAAAGUUUUGAUUCUUCACAUUGGUUUAAAAAAAGGGGGGUUUUGGGUUUCACUUGUUAGGGGAUUGUUGGUGCUAUGGCUACUGCGGAAGCCCUUUAUGUGAUUCCUUCAGCUGUUCUACGUAACCUUUCUGAUAAGCUCUAUGAGAAGCGCAAGAAUGCUGCUUUGGAGUUGGAAGGGAUUGUUAAGCAAUUGGCUGUAGCGGGUGAUCAUGACAAGAUUACAGCGAUAAUCAAUUUGUUGACACAAGAAUAUACCUACUCGCCUCAAGCUAAUAAUCGGAAAGGAGGGUUGAUCGGAUUGGCUGCCGCGACAGUUGGUUUGACUUCAGAAGCAGCACAGCACCUUGAGCAAAUUGUGCCGUCAGUCUUGAACUCUUUCUCGGAUCAAGAUAGCAGAGUUCGAUAUUAUGCAUGCGAAGCUCUCUAUAACAUUGCAAAGGUUGUGCGAGGAGAUUUCAUUGUGUUCUUCAAUCAGAUUUUUGAUGCUUUAUGUAAGCUUUCAUCCGAUUCAGAUGCCAAUGUGCAGAGUGCUGCUCAUCUUUUGGAUAGGCUUGUGAAGGACAUUGUCACGGAGAGCGAUCAAUUUAGCAUUGAAGAAUUUAUUCCAUUAUUGAGAGAGAGAAUGAAUGUCCUCAACCCUUAUGUCCGCCAGUUUCUCGUUGGUUGGAUCACGGUUCUAGACAGUGUUCCAGAUAUUGAUAUGCUCGGUUUUCUUCCUGAUUUUCUUGAUGGAUUGUUUAAUAUGUUGAGUGAUUCCAGCCACGAAAUACGGCAACAAGCUGAUUCUGCACUUUCAGAGUUUCUACAAGAGAUUAAGAACUCUCCAUCUGUAGAUUAUGGUCGCAUGGCUGAGAUACUGGUUCAAAGAUCAGGUUCACAGGAUGAAUUUACGCGGCUGACCGCUGUCACUUGGAUAAAUGAGUUUGUGAAACUGGGUGGAGACCAACUUGUCCCUUAUUAUGCUGACAUUCUGGGUGCAAUUUUGCCCUGUAUAUCUGAUAAAGAAGAGAAAAUAAGAGUCGUUGCACGUGAAACGAAUGAAGAACUUCGAGGAAUCAAGGCCGACCCAGCUGAGGGAUUUGAUGUAGGAGCAAUUCUCUCCAUUGCUAGGAGGCAGUUGUCAAGUGAAUGGGAGGCAACACGUAUUGAAGCAUUACACUGGAUGUCAACCCUGCUAAAUAGACAUCGGUCAGAGGUCUUAGUUUUUCUGAAUGAUGUUCUCGACACUCUUCUGAAGGCACUCUCAGAUCCCUCCGACGAGGUAGUGCUUUUGGUGCUUGAGGUGCAUGCAUGUAUAGCUCAAGAUACACAACACUUCCGCCAGCUUGUUGUUUUCCUAGUUCACAACUUUCAGCUUGAUUACUCUCUCCUGGAGAAACGUGGAGCUUUAAUAGUUCGUCGGCUAUGUGUACUUCUGGAUGCUAAAAGAGUUUAUCUUGAACUGUCCACAUUACUUGAAGGGGAAUCAGAUUUGGAGUUUGCAUCUAUCAUGGUUCAGGCCUUAAAUUUGGUUUUACUUGCUUCAUCCGAGUUGUCCCACCUCCGAGAUCUUCUUAAACAAUCAUUAAUCAAUUCUGCUGGGAAAGACUUAUUUCUUUCUUUGUAUGCAUCAUGGUGCCAUUCGCCGAUGGCAAUAAUAAGCCUUUGCCUAUUAGUUCAGGCAUAUCAGCAUGCAAGUUCUGUUAUCCAAUCCUUGGUCGAGGAAGACAUCAAUGCCAAGUUCUUUGUCCAACUAGAUAAAUUGAUCCACCUUCUGGAGACCCCGAUCUUUGCUUACCUCAGACUGCAGGAAAGUAAUAGUCAUCCUUUCAGUAGUUUGAUUUUCCUAUUACUGUGGGGAGAUUUUCGUGGAAGAGGUAACCUAAAACCAAAAAACAUCCGAUUUUUUCCAGCAUUUCUAAUUGGUCGAGGAAAUGAGUUGUCUCCUUGUAUGGUCAUUGGCGAUUCUCACUUCAUGAGCUAGCUCUUGGGGUUGUCUUAGGCCCUAGGUCCAUUUCGUAUUAUGGUAUCAGAGCUUUGGCUGUGCAACAUACCAUUGGCAUAGGGAAGGAAGAAAUCGUCAUCGCGCAAUUUUUCGGUUCUGUAAAGGUACAUCAUUUCAGGAUUAAGCAAGGUAACAAGCAGAGAUCUUGGGUUUGAGUCUCACCCCCACCUAGUCAAGUAAAAGAAUUCUCACGUGCUUGGCUCGUGAAAAAGAAUCAAGUUCAGACGUAAGAGGGCGUGUUGAAGGCAUAAGUAAAUAAAAUGUGCUCUCUCUAUCAGGUUAAGCUUUUAGAUGAAAUGGUCGCACUAUUUAAAACCACCACAUGUUUCAUCACCCUCUGAUGAGCAAACCCUAGUGAACUGCUCCAUCAGACUCCAUCGCUCACGGAUCCACCAUAAGGUCUUGCUCCGGCGAGCGCGUCAGGUUAACGCGCAGGCGCGUGAAGGCUUUUCCGCGCAUCUUCAAAGGCUGAUCUCUUCUCCUUAAGGGUUGCCUACUCAUUCCGAGGCAACCCAUCCCAUUUUCUGUUGUCUCCGAUUACCAGAAGUAGUUAGUACUUCAAGUUACUUUUCUGACUAGAUCCAUUCUUGUUCUUGGUACCAAUGUUGGGUCCCUAUGUCAUUUUAUCACGCUCAAGUUAACCAAGCCUGGGCGUGCCAGGGAGGAGGAAGUGGGGUUGUUAUAUUGUCCCAAAUAGGUUGAGGAAAUGGGUUGUUGUCUCCUUAUAUGGUCUUGGAAACUCCUCGCUUCAUGAGCUAGCUUUACGAGUUGAGUUAGACCCAAUGUCCAUUUCUUGUCAACAUAUUUCUCUUUUACCCAUUUCAAGAUGCAUGAGUUGUUCCCUUUAUUUGGUACAAUCAUAGUAGUGGUGCUCUGGCAUAACUGGUAAAGUUGUUAUCAUGUGACCAGGAGGUCACGGGUUCAAGUCUUGGAAACAGCCUCUUGCAAAAAUGUAGGGUAAGGCUGCGUACUAUAGAGCCUUGUGGUCCAACCCUUCCCCGGACCCUGCGCAUAGCGAGAGCUUAGUGCACCGGGCUGCCCUUUUAUAGUAGUGGUGCUCUGGCAAAUUAUUUUGUGAUAGAUGAUGAGCAAUGCAAAUUGAGGAAAAAAGAAAAUACACUUUUUUUCUGUUAUCCUUCAGGAUUAAGUGCAUUUCAUUCGUUUUUGGUUCUGAGAAGUACUUUUUAAAGUGUUCAAAAGACUUGCAAACAUUUACCUGCCUGGCAAAUGAACAAGACAAAGAAAGAACAAAUUGGAGUUGAAAACUCAUGUUGUAACGAGUGGAACUCUUUUUUUAGUUGUCUUUGGUUAUAUAGAAACUAGAGUUAAUUGGAUAAACUCAUGUUCUUGUUCGUGAGGUCAGGUACAAGUUAAUUGUCUUUUUUCUUAAAAGCCUUUUUUGGAGCAUCUUAAUAGUUAUUUCU